CGAAGCAUGCACGUGAUAACAUAUGCGCUGAUUAUCCUUGUUACCUUUUCCAUCAUCACCUUGGGCGAACCCGAAUCCUGCCCAGCUGUUUGUGAAUGCUCAGAGUGGAAGACCUACACCAUCUCAUGCUUUGAACUUGAUGUCAUCCCAAUAUUUCCUGCAAACACAGAUACACUAUGGCUUCUGGAGACUCGACUGACAUCAGUGCCGGCGGACGCCUUUUCCAACAUGAUCAACAUCUCACGCAUAUAUGUGUCGGUGGAUGCGACGCUGAAGAAACUGGAGAAACACUCGUUCCACAACCUGAAUAAAAUCACACAUAUAGAGAUACGGAAUGCAAAAAAUCUAUCCUACAUUGACCCAGAGGCAUUCAAGAAUCUUCCAAACCUGAAAUACCUAGGAAUUUUCAACACGGGCCUAAGAACCUUCCCCGACCUGACCAACAUCCACUCAAACGACAUGAACUUUAUACUGGAAAUUGCAGAUCACCCUUACAUCACGGAGAUCCCGGCCAACGCGUUCCGUGGCAUCACCAGCGAAGUGCUGACUGUGAUGCUGUACAAUAAUGGCUUUAUGGAAGUGCAACAUCAUGCCUUCAAUGGGACCAAGCUGGAUGCUGUGUACCUUCACAGAAACAAGCAGCUGGCCAAGAUGGACGAGAGGACGUUUGCUGGAACUCUUAGUGGCCCCACGAUCCUGGAUGUGUCCCUGACGGGGGUCACAUCCCUCCCCAGUGCUGGCCUCGAGUCGCUGAGGGAGCUGAUGGCGCGCAACGCCUGGUCCCUGAAGAAACUCCCACCAAUCAAAACCUUUAAACACCUGACCACCGCCGACCUGACCUACCCGAGCCACUGCUGCGCCUUCAAGAACCUGAAGAAGAAGAGAGGAUAUCUGGAGUAUGUCAUCUGCAACCUGACAGCGUUCUACGACCAGCACCAGAAGAGGUCUGUGGGCUCUCUCCGGGUCCCGGUCCUCCAGAGGGGUGAAACCUGGGGCGAAGUGGCCCAGGAAGAGGAGGAGGUGGCUGGGGAGGGAGGCUUCUCCUGGGACCCCCAGGAACCCCGGAGGGACUUUCACAGCAGCCUGCACUACCACCCUUACUUCGGGGGCCAAACAGACGAGGAUGUGGGGUUCGGGGAGACCCUGAAGAACCCCCAGGAGGACAGCAGCCAGGACUUUGACAGCCGCUACGACUACGUGGUGUGCGAGGAGGGCGAGGAGGUGACCUGCGGGCCGGCGCCGGACGAGUUCAACCCGUGCGAGGACAUCAUGGGCUUCAGCUUCCUGCGCGUGUCGGUGUGGUUCGUGAGCCUGCUGGCCGUGCUGGGGAACGUGCUGGUGCUGCUGGUGCUGCUCACCAGCCACUACAAGCUCUCCGUCUCCCGCUUCCUCAUGUGUCACCUGGCCUUCGCCGACCUCUGCAUGGGCAUCUACCUGCUCCUGAUCGCCUCGGUCGACCUCCACACGCGGGCCGAGUACUACAAUCACGCCAUCGACUGGCAGACCGGCCCAGGCUGCGGCCUGGCCGGGUUCUUCACCGUGUUCGCCAGCGAGCUUUCCGUCUACACCCUCACCGUCAUCACCCUGGAGCGCUGGCACGCCAUCACCUUCGCCAUGAGGCUGGACAGGAAGCUGAGGCUGUGGCACGCGGCCGUGGUGAUGCUGGGCGGCUGGUUGUUCUGCCUGCUCCUGGCCUUGCUCCCCCUGGUGGGGGUCAGCAGCUAUCAGAAGGUUAGCAUCUGCUUGCCCAUGGACACCCAGUCCACCCUGGCCCAGGUCUACAUUGUGUCUGUUCUCAUCCUCAACAUCCUGGCUUUCCUGGUCAUCUGCGCUUGCUACAUCAAGAUCUACUGCGCGGUCCACAACCCACACUACCGCUCCGGGUCGAAGGACACCAAUAUCGCCAAGCGCAUGGCUGUCCUCAUCUUCACUGACUUCCUGUGCAUGGCGCCCAUUUCCUUUUACGCCAUGUCAGCAGUUCUGGACCGGCCUCUGAUCACCGUGUCCAACUCCAAGAUCCUGCUGGUGUUGUUCUACCCGCUCAACUCCUGCGCUAACCCCUUCCUCUACGCCAUCUUCACCAAGGCCUUCAGGGGAGACGUGUUCAUCCUGCUCAGCAAGGUGGGGCUCUGCCAGCGCAGGGCACAGCUGUUCAGGGGCCAGACGGUGUCGUCUAAAGGCAGCAGUGGGGUGUGCCAGGGCCGGAGGGACAAGGACAGGAAGGGAGAAGCAGCAGAGGGGGUUCCCCUCCACCUGCAGGAGUGCUCCGCCACCUCCCUUCAGCCUCCUCAUCAGAUGCCCACCCCCAAGGAGAGCCACAGCCUGGACACAUAAGCCCGAGCCUGCAGGGCUCUGAGGACUGGGUCUGUGUUGGAGAAGAAGGGGGAGGAGGCCACAGGGAAAUCCAGACUGGAUGUGUAGGUGGUGGACUGGUCUGUUGAAACACUUUACCGCGAGCCGGUAUUCGUUAUGUGCUUAUGCUCUGACAUUUUUUUUCCCCCCACAAUGUUGCCUGACGAUUUCAUACUGUUUAGUAUGUGGGGGGGGAGAUCUGAUUAUUCAAGUAGAUUGAAGACUCCAGAAGUAUAUCACAUUUGAUCUGUGUUUCGUUGUUUUAAAGUAUAGAGAAAGAAACACAGGCUCAAGAUACUUGUUUGCACAUACAUAACGCUUGGGGAAAGGACAGCAUGCAGUUACUUCAUCUCAUAAACACACAGAGAAAGAUCUAGAACCAUAUCUACACAUCCCUCCAGUAGAAACACUGAACCCUGACUUUCCGUUGUAGAUGAGAAAUGUCUGGGAGGCUUUGGUCAGAACAAAGGUAAAACAAACAGUGAUGUCUAAAAUAUGACAUACCUCAAACUUCAUAAAUAUCUGUAUACAUUGUAGAUGAGAAACAAGAUGGCAAAUCCGAUUGUGUUACUGCGUGAACUUCCAGAAACUAAACGAAAGCAGGAAGUGGCAAUAAAGGUAAUGUGAGACUAUGUGGGAACCAUCCUCUGCUC